AGCAUGGAUGCCAUGGAGCAUGCACAGUUUAUGCGCCAAGCUGGGAAUUACGAUUUUAAGAAUGGAAAUUACACUUUGGCCAUCAGGAAGUACGACCAAGCUUUACACUCGCUCGCCUAUUUAAGUCAGUGGAUGCCGUGUUCCAGAGACAUAGCUGUGUUGCACUGCAACAAAUCAACCGCCUUGUACAGUCUUGGUAAAUGGAGAGAAGCAGCUUAUUCAGCCUAUGAGAGCUUGCAGUGGGAUCCAGAGUAUGUCAAGGCUUAUUACAGAGCUGGCCACUCACUGAUCAUGCUGUCAGACUCUUAUGAGGCGGUUUCUGUGUUUCAUAGGGGGUUGAGUCUUCUGAAUGAUUCUGCAGAUCGAUCUCAAGUUGCCGAUUUUGUAACAGGAAUCUUCAUAAGUAUCAAUGAUGAAAGAAUCCUUCCACCAAGUUAUUUCCACGCACAUACUUUUAUUUUCAGUGCCAGAUUUGAUGCACUUAUUUGGCAAAUGGUGAUAGAAAGGUUGGCCCAGAGAGGAAAGUGGCGGUCUUGUCUGCUGCUGUUCUCUGAGAAGAGGGAAUUGCCCUCAAAUCUCCGAGUCAAGCAGUUAUCACUGAGGAAUCUCUUUGAGACUUAUGAGUAUUGUGGACUUGAUGACAGGAUGCAAGAUGUAGCAGAAUUGGUCAAAUGGCUGAUUUCCUUGGGGGCAAAAGUUGAAACCAUUGGAACGUGUCCUCUUCAUGCUGUUAUCAGACUGUGUAUCCAAGCAAAAAGGAACGAUCUUUUCAGGUGGUUACUGAUGCAGAGGCCACAUUUGAAGGAUGGGAUUAACCAGCAAGACAGAGAUGGAUGCACUGUCCUGCACAUUGUGGCAUCCAGUGAAUAUUCCCGGAAAGACCAAACAGAAGAUGUGCUUAUGCUCCUGAAUUUUGGGGCUGACCCCACCAUUCCAGAUGCACGAUCAAGAUAUGUCAUAGAUAUCUUGAAAAAGAAUAAAAACUUCAAUGCUGUCAAAGCAGUCAGCAAUCACAUAGAGAAAUGCACUUCAUCUGGGGAGUUGUCAGGAGGAAAUGAAAACAAAGCUGCAUCCAAGGUGGAUUCUCUCCCGGAUGUUCUGCAACAGUUCCUCCAGGUUUGCAGGUCUGGAAAUGGAGCACGUCAUAAAAAUUUAUUGAGGGAAGGUGCAGUUCAGAGAUUUCUGAAACUGCUCUCUACUGUGAAAGAAAUUCCUGAAGGGAUGGUUUGCGACAUCUCCCAUGCCUGUGCCAACAACUUAAUAAAGCAUUUGUUGGAGAAGCAAAUGUGGCCCGAAGUUUUGCUGUUGCUCACAGGCAAAGCCACUGGGGAAGAGCCAUCAGGUGGAGGACUCUUCAAACACUGCGGACUCUCAGAUGUUGACAUUGGCAGCAUUAUCCAUCAGUGUGACAAAGUGGAUGAACCAGUGAACCUCAUAAGAUGCUUGAUAGAUAGAGGAGCUUUGCCAGAUGGGAUUGGAACGGAAAUACCAUUGCAAAUAUGCCUGAAGAAGAAGUAUUUUGAACUGGUGCACUUGCUGCUGAGCAAAGGUGCAGAUCCUCGAAAUGUCUCCAUGGCACAAGGAGAUACUCCUUUACACGCUGCAGUUUCCAUCUGCUUAGAUAAAAGAGAUAUCACUGGUUUAUGCAUCCUGAACUGCCUGCUUGAUCUCUUUGCUUCAAGACCUUCAGACUUUCCGUAUCUUAAUCCAAACAUCCAAGAUGAGAAUGGAAAUACAGUGAUGCAUAUUAUUUUUCAGAGAGGAUUGUCCAAACAGGCUAAGAGAAUAAUGGAUUUGUUAGCAAAAUUUGAUAUUAACUUUAAUAUAAAAAACAAAUUGGGGAAAGAUGUGAGGUAUAGAGUUAAAAAAAAUGACCCCCUACUACUUGCCUGGAAUAACGCUGUAUCAGAGAAGAAGAGGUAUCGACAUGACAUAGCAGGGCAGUCAGCUAAAACACUUAAGCCUGUUCCAGCUUGUAACACUUCACAGCCAAAGAAUGCAGGACGUUCUUCAUCUGGGGCUUCAUUAAAGGCACCAUCUGGCAUCUCAGCAUGUAACGAUGCGAAAACCCUGUGUUCUGCACAGACAGAAAAUGAUCAGGUGGCAGAGCAGGAAAUAGAAAGAAUAAAUAGCCCCUUAACUCUGCAGGAAAGUCUGUUGCAGGAAAUCACAGUUUUAAUUCAGCAGCUGAAGUUGGGUGACACCCAGAUAAAGGAUAAUUCUCUGGUAAAACAUCCAUCUUCAGCCCAGAAUCACUUGGAAGAGGGAAAAAGUGAGUCCACACAAGCUUGUGUAAGUGUAGCUUCUGCUGAAGGAAAAGAGGAUGAUCCUGAGGAAACGAAGGGAGCAAGCGAAGGGCUUGCUGAGUUGAAGAUGGGCCUGCCUGAUGUAGAGAAAGAAGAAGCAGUGGAAGAGUUUGAGAAGAUUGAGGAUAUUGAGACCUAUGUUCAGGAGUUUGAUAACAUGACGUGGGAAAUAGAGUGCACUCCUGAAACGCUGAAAACGUUGCGCAGCAAAGCGCUGCCCUACUAUCUCAAAACCAAAACUAUAAUGACAAUUCAGCGGCUCGGCAGUGGGGAGUGGACUAGGGGCCUCCAAAAGCCACUCAAACAUUUGAAAGCUGAUAUCCAGCUGUACGAAGCCAAGUUGGGCAAAGGAGAAAGAAUGCUGUGGGAACUUGCGAUAGACUUUUCUCCUCGUUGCAGUGAGAGCGCCGAAAAGAUCAUGGAGAAGGAGCAGUCAAAAAGCCAUCCGGAAAAGUCUGGAAGAGUUUACACUGAAAUAAUCAGAAUUUGGGCCAUUGUUCUGGACCACUGCAAGCUGGACCGCGUUAUAGAUAACAUAUGUAUUUCCUACAAUCGUGGCUUGUCCUGUGUCCUCAGAAAGAAACUCAAGGGCAUAAAUGAAGGACAUCAGACCCACAAUGUGAAAACACAGAAACGUGUUCCCCGUUGUUAUGUUGAAGACCCAGAGGCAGAAAGAACGAAAGAACAUACCAUACCUGAGUAUUUCCCUCCAGCCAGUGCGGUGGAAAUGGAGUAUAACAUAAUGAAGUUCCACAGCUUCAGCACUAACAUGGCAUAUAACAUUAUAAAUGAUAUACAUUCUGCCGUUGAAUAUCCCUUCCGAGUUGGGGAGUUGGAAUAUGCAGUAAUUGACCUCAACCCGAAGCCCAUGGAACCGAUUAUUUUAAUUGGGAGAAGUGGGACAGGGAAGACAACUUGCUGCUUGUACAGGCUUUGGAAGAAAUUCCAUUCCUACUGGGAAAAAUCCACUUUGGCCAAAGGUCCUCUGCUGGAAAGGCAAACAUGGCAGCAAAGGCAGUGCAGUGAGGUUGAAAAUAUUAAGAGAGAGACUGAUGAAAAAGAGGGAAGUGAUGAUUCUAGUGAUGAGCUGGCCAGUGACGAGCAAGAACAGGACAGUGGAGAUGAAAAGGUCGCUGCAGGCACAGUUUGUGCAGAAACGGAUCAUUCCAAGGACUGUGAAGAAGAGCAAGUGCAAAGUGCAGAAGCAUCGAACAGUCUGGAACACCUGCACCAGAUCUUUGUGACAAAAAAUCCUGUCUUGUGUCAAGAAGUUCAGAAAAAUUUCAUUGAACUUUGCAAGUCUUCUAGGGUAACCAGUCACUUCAAGCCCCUGGAGCCAAAUAUUCACAAGCUGCAAGAUGUUAAAGAUGAAAAUUUCCCACUGUUCAUCACCUCCAAGCAGUUGUUGCUGUUACUGGAUGCAUCUAUGCCCGACCCAUUUUUUCCAAGGAAUGAGGAUGGAAGCCUUAAAAGAACCAUUGUUGGUUGGAGUCCUCAAGAAGACUUGGUUGUACCAAACUGGCAAGAUGAGGAUGAAGAAUGUAACGCUGAAGGAGAACAUGGUGAUGAUGAAGGAGCUCCAGAUGCACAUUGCAGGGAAAGAGAUCCUCGGACUUUUGUGACUUAUGAUGUGUUUGCUAAUGAAAUAUGGCCAAAAAUGAUAAAAGGUAAAAGCUUGUACAAUCCUGCACUCGUUUGGAAAGAAAUAAAAUCAUUUUUGAAAGGCUCUUUCGAGGCAUUGGGCUGCUCUGGGGGUAAACUUACUGAAGACCAAUACAAAAAACUAGGCCGGAAGAGAUCGCCAAACUUCACAGAAGACAGGAGUGAAAUCUAUCGCCUCUUCUGUCUUUAUCAGCAGAUAAGAUCACAGAGGGGUUACUUCGAUGAAGAAGAUUUACUGUAUAACUUAUCUCAAAGACUGUCAAAGAUCAAGGAGCUGCCGUGGUCCAUUCAUGAGUUUUAUGGCGAUGAGAUUCAGGAUUUCACGCAGGCCGAACUGGUGCUGCUGAUGAAGUGCAUCAAUGACCCCAAUGCCAUGUUUCUGACCGGUGACACUGCCCAGAGCAUAAUGAAAGGAGUUGCUUUUCGUUUCAGUGAUCUGAGGUCACUGUUUCAUUAUGCAAGCAAGAGCUCUAUGGACAAGAAGCAGCGUGUUAGAAAACCGAAAAGGAUCUAUCAGUUGUACCAGAACUACAGAUCUCACUCAGGUAUUCUCCACCUCGCUUCUGGAGUGGUUGAUUUGCUGCAGUACUAUUUCCCAGAGUCUUUUGACCGCCUUCCUAAGGACUGUGGUCUCUUCGAUGGACCAAAGCCGACGGUCUUGGAGUCCUGCAGCGUUAGUGACCUGGCAAUUCUGCUGAGGGGCAACAAAAGGAAAACACAACCAAUUGAAUUUGGAGCACAUCAGGUGAUAUUGGUUGCAAAUGAGAUGGCCAAGGAGAAGAUACCUGAGGAACUCAGUUUAGCACUUGUCCUGACAGUUUAUGAAGCAAAGGGUUUGGAGUUUGAUGAUGUCCUUCUCUACAAUUUCUUCACAGACUCUGAGGCUUACAAAGAAUGGAAGAUCAUUUCUUCUUUUACAUCCAGUUCAAAUGAGCAAGCAGAAAGCAAAGUGCUGAUUGAAACACCUCUAGAGGAUGUCACUGCUGCACCAAAGAGGCCUCCUUCUUUUAAUGUAGAAAUGUACAAGAUGCUGAAUGGAGAACUGAAGCAAUUGUAUACUGCCAUUACAAGAGCCAGGGUCAAUCUUUGGAUCUUUGAUGAAAACAGAGAUAAACGGGCUCCAGCUUUUAAAUAUUUCAUCAAAAGAGAAUUUGUUCAGGUUGUCAAAACAGAUGAAAAUAAAGACCUGGAUGACAGCAUGUUUGUUAAAACCUCUACUCCGGAAGAGUGGAAUGCACGGGGAGACUACUUUGCUAAACAUCAGUGCUGGGAGGUAGCAGCCAAAUGUUACCAAAAAGGAGGAGCAGCGGAGAAAGAAAAGCUGGCCAUGGCACAUGAUGCUGUUCUUAAGGUGCACUCCAAGAAAUGCAGCCCCAAGGAAAAACAGCUGGAGUAUAUGGCACUGGCGAAAACUUACUUGGAAUGUGGAGAACCAAACCUAGCCCUAAAAUGCCUGUUUCAGUCAAAAGAGUUCCGGCUUUGUGCAGAAUUAUGUAAAAAGUUGGGAAAGAUGAAAGAUGCUGCAGCUUACUAUCAGAAAAGCCAGUGCUACAAAGAAGCAUCCAAAUGUUAUGAACAAAUAGAGGAAUUUGAUCUAGCAAUUAAGAUGUAUUGUCAGGAGGAGCUCUAUGAGGAAGCAGCUAAGGCAGUUGAAAGAUAUGAAGAGAUAAUAAGCACAAAAGGACAAACAGUUUCCAAACUCUCGUGCACGGCAAAUCAGUUUUAUUUGGAAGCGGCCGCCAAGUACCUGGCUGCCCACCGAACCGAGGAGAUGAUGCGCGUCCUCUCCCACCUGGACGUGGAGGACCGGCUGCAGUUCCUGAAGUCUCGCAGGUGCUUGCACCAAGCAGCAGCCCUGCUGAAACACGAAGGUCGAGAGGAGGAGGCCGCUAAGCUGAUGAAGCAGCACGGGUUUGCUCUGGAAGCAGCGAGCCUCACCGCUGCCAAGGAGUUCCGUGCGUCGUGCCUGCUCGCCGCAGCCCGUGCCGGCGAGGCUCCCUGCUCGGAAGCAGAACUCGCAGGGAGAGAGGCCAUCCUAAGAGAAGCCCUUGAGCUUUGUGAGCAAACCAAACAGAAAUGCGGCAUUGCAGAGGCAGUGCUCUUGCAGGGAGCUCUGAGCGGGGACUUUGCCAUGCUGAGAAGGGCUUACCGUGAGUUCCUGUCCCUGAAUCACCCUGCUGGCGCCGUGGAAGCGCUCUUCAUGUUGUCUCGUUGCAGCGCCCCGAGCCAGGACAUCCUCUUGUUGGCAACGUGCGGCUUAGUGGCUCUCCUAAGACUGGUGAGGGGGUUGAAGAAAGCAGCCACCAAUGCGGAGAAAGAUAUGGUGAAGUCAUGCUUUGCCUAUUUCGGGAUUGUGCCAACGGGGGACAGUUGUUGCCAGGUGUCUCAGAAUGAAGCCAAACCCAUUCUCAAGUUUUUGUCAGACAGCGCAAGUCUAAGAGAGAGGAAGACGAAAGAUGACUUCUCAGUGAGAACAGAGGAGAUAAAAUCUGCUUUGAGGCAGCACUUGUUAAGCAGGUUGUAUUCCAUCACUCAGGAGUUACUGGUGAAGCGCUACCCUGAUGUUUGCUUGAGGUACAUCGCCGGGUUGGACUGUGAAGACGAAACCUGUGAGGAUUUCCACAGACCUCUGCUGCGCCAUGAAGCCAAGACCGUAGUGCAGUGCAAGAUGCAUCUGGCUGCAAUAAACGGGCUGGUGCUGGAAGCCACGAGGAUUUUCCCUAAAGAACUGGUGAAUCAGUUCAAAGGCUUUGAUGACAUUUUGACUGCUGACAGAUACACGUCAUGUCGAGCCCUUAUGGACAUGUUUUUUCCUAAACAUUUCCAUUUGAGAAUAUUGUCUGAGAACCCAAAGGCAUGCAGAGAAAUACUGGAGUUUAGUAAUAUCCUUGUCAAACCAUGUAGAGCAGUGUUAAGGGAGUUCAUCUCAUUUGAGUUCAAAAUGCAAGGAGCUAGAGCUAGAAGAGAAUCAACUAACUUGUGGCUGAGUGCCAUGGGAGCUUUCAUGUUAUCUUCAGGUUAUCCUGAAGAAUUUGAGAAACUCCUUUUGAAGGAAGAGGAAGAUUACAACAAAGAGCUCAACCUAGCAUUGUCAAAAGCAAAAAACACCCUGAAGAGUGAGAGCCAAAGAAGAAAGAUCAAAGCAAUAGAUGGCAGACUUGGUAUGUUGAUACCUGACAAAAAUGCAGAAAACACAGGGAGAAUGCACUUAUGUUUCAUUCGACUUCUGGAAAAUUCCCUUGAGCAAUUCUAUGUCCAUAAAAACCCAGAAGACUGUAAAUGGUUGUUUUUCCGGUUUAUGAAUGUGCUGAUCAGGAAGUGCACUACUUACCUGAUCCCAAGCAUACAAAACACGGUGAUGCUCUUGGAAUUCCAGUAUAUUCUCUCUUGCGCUGUCCUCAUGCGUCUCUUCAAGCACAUUACUCUUUGCCUUCCAAAGAGUUACAUCGCUCUCAUUCAUUUUUGGGAUUUUUUGCUCGGGAGCAGAGACCAUAACAAAGAACUUGGAGACAUGUUUUCCAUUAUACAGGAGUACAGACCGAAGGACAUAUAUGCAGCCGGGCAGAAUUUCAGAUUUCAUCUCCGUUAUCUUGCAGAGGUUUUGUGUGGAGUUUAUGGGAACUUCAAUGUCCUUAUGGAUGCUUUUGAGGACCUCGACUGCGUAACCUCAGGGGAGGCGGAGCGGAGCGUCGUGUUGUGCUUAGUGAUGUUACUGAAUGCUGACCGGGUGCAUAAUUCUAAAUGCAAGCCUCUCUUAAGCCAACAUUUUCCCAAUAUAAGGGCGAUACUGAGGUCCAUGAGGAGCAGUUUUCCCUCCAAAGUGCCUGCAAGAUUGCUGAAGGUUGUGGAGCAAGUGAGCGAUGCAGCGCAGCUCAGAGACGUUGCUGAAGGCCUGCAAGAGCUUCUCAUGGAGCGAGAUGAGGAGUACCUAGUGGAUUGCCGGUGGAAGUGGGAAUCUGGAUACACUCAGGGGCACUCCCCCAUCCGGGGCAUCCUCUAUGAAACCCUAAACCUCGACAGGUUUGUGUCUCCUUUGGACAAGACAGAAUAUGCUGAGGAGGUAGAAAAGGACCUCGAGGGCGAUCAGUGCCUAGAGGACAGGAAGGAUCCCCUGGAAGUCAUUGCACUCAGCAAGCAGCAGAAGCAAGCGCAGAAAGCGUCCGCACAGCGGCAGCUGCAUCUUCUCUUCCAGUUCAUCUGUCUGUGCAUGAGGUGGAAAAGGAAGGCCUGCUCCAAAACCGAGCCUGCCGCAGUGGAAGGAGAGGAGUUUUUGUCAGAGAUCUUCAAAAAAGCAGAUAUUGACCAAACCCAGUGUGACCUGUGUGGGGUCAGGUUUAUCGAAAGCCCUGGGCACUAUUUCAGCCAGCCAGAGAAUAUGGAGGGAGAUGCUUCUGAAGUUGUGAGGCCAACCGAGAUCAGUGGGGGAGGAAAGUUGCAUGGGGAAGAACAUGCAAUUUGCGUGGCCAGCGAGUCUUUCAAAGAUCACAAGAACACAGACAAACACAGAAAUAAUACUGCUGCCUACAAACACUAUGCAGAUUUUUUCAAAAGAAAGGUGGACACGAUAAUAUAUGAUGGACUGGAAGUAGUGAAGGCUAUUAAAGAGAAGAUGUACAGUCAAGAUCAUCUGGCAUAUAAAGAAGGUUUCAACUUAUGCCGAAGUAAAAUCAAAGAGAAUAUUAAGAAGAUUUCCAAUACAGUUGAGGAAAUUUAUGAGAGAAAAGCCUGGUAUGAAGCUGAAGAAAUAAUGACACAACAUGCCAAGAAGUUGUCUGCCACCAUUGAUGAGGCUCACAAGUGGCUGAAGAAAAUGGACUCGUAUAAGAAAAAAGAAGAAGGCGCUGCCAAUGAUAGAGACCUGGAAAAUGAAGUCGAAGAUGAAAGCAUGGCCUUUGAAGAGCUUGUGUAUAAAAAAUUUGCAAGAAAAAAAGGAAGAUAUAGGAAAUAGUAAUUAGAAAUAAAAUGUGGUAGCUAUUGGUAGCUAUUCUCUUCUCCUAACAAUAUAAUUUCUCAAAAGAAUAUUAAAAGCAUUAAGAAGAAAAAUAAAAGAAUCAGUCAGAA